CGUUUGAUAACAACAACAAGUUUAUUGUGAAGAUGGCGACGACUGGAGUUGGAUUUCGGUGGUUAGAUUUAUUGGAAAAGGAGUUUGAUAAAGCAUGUGUCGAAUUAGAAACAUGCUUAACAGAAUUGGAAUCCGAGGACCAGGAGACUAUGUUCUGUGGUCGCCAGAAGAUAGCUACACUGAGUUCCUGUUUUGCACAACUGACUCACAAAGCCCUCACUAUAUUUCAAAAUAGUGCAAAACUUGAGGCCGAGCUUGUCGACAUGCGAGCGGAAUUAGUUCAAGCUCGGGCUGCAGGCGCUUGGCAGGCGGGCGGGGACGCGGCGGGUGGUGCGCCCGAGGCUGCGAGGGCGAGGGCCGAAGCCGCACAGCUUGCCAGGGAAAACGCUGCGCUUAGAGAAACUGUGCUCGCGUUGCAUUCGGAACUGUUCGGAGCUAGACUAGCAACUAAGUACCUCGAUAAAGAACUAGCGGGUAGAAUACAACAAUUACAACUGUUAGGUAGUGAAAUGCGCGCCGAGCUUAGGGACUCGUUGUGGGCCCAGGUGGAGGCGGAGAUUCUCCUCCAGCGUCACAAGACCCUGGUCCGUGUGUGUCGUGGCCUGACCCCCCGGCGGACGCUCCCCCCUCCCGCCCGCACGCCCCCCGCACCCCCUGCGCCGCCCGCACACGCGCCGCGGACCGUGCGCGUGCGACGCUCGCCGCAUCUCGGACUAGGGAUCUCAGUUACUGGUGGUCGUGAGCAUGGCGUCCCUAUCCUGAUCUCGGAGCUAGAGGCUGGCGGACCUGCCGCGCUCACGGGAGACCUCUAUGUAGGGGACGCCAUCCUAGCCAUCAACGAUGUUGACCUCACACAGGCUUGUCAUAAAGACGCGGUGGAGGCCCUGCAGAGUGUGAAGGGCGACUGUGCUCUCUGUGUACAGUUCAUAGCCACUGACGAGGAGGAUCGACUCUCAGACGACAACUACAGGUUCGCGCUGUAUCCUGAAGAAGACGGUUUCGGAGACGACGGAGAGGAAGGGGACGCGGCCACGCCCACCGCGCCCAGGACACCGGACUACACACGUAGCGUGUCGUGUAGUGAGGACGAGCACGACAUGGCGGUGCAGGGUGGCGGCGAGGCGGGCGCGGCGCUGGCCGGGGCCUCGUACACGGACUACAACAUCAACAACCUCUCUAUACUGGACAUGGACGAUGAUUCUAUCAAGAUAGCGCGCCUAGAGAUGUCUGGUCGACCAUCAUCGCUGCCAUCGUCCCGCUCCACGCCGGUACACUCGAGGGUCACCGCUAAGAAGAAGAGAAAACCACAGGACUGGCGUACUAAAGGGGCCUACUGUGCUGUAUCGGACGCACAAUCGUCAGACGACACGCGCGACACUCCCCGACAUUAUCAGAGUAUUCCCUCUCAAGAUUUCUACCAAUCCAAGUCUGAAUACCAGCCUAUAGAGACGCCUGUCGGUGAUACCUCAUGCGGUGUUACUGCUGACGUCACCCACGUGACGACCACCACCGACACCACCGUUACCACCGUCACCGUCAACGACCUACCACCAGCCACCAACAAUAACAUACCACCCAUGAACAACGCAGCUCUCUCCGACGACUUAAUCAACGACAACACGUCGUCUCUAUCCAACAUAUCAUCGACGACUAACGUGUCGCCUAAUAAUAGUGAAGUGAAGGCUGUGACGUCAUCAGUCCCGAAACAAACGACUUUCCACGACACUCAGACGCCAGCACACGAACGUCAUCACGCCAGAGUGAACGGCGAUAGACAGAGGAGAGAGGUGAAGAGCUUCCGGAUAGGUUCGGCGCGCCGCGUCACUGAGAGUGGGAUAAGGAACGGAGAGGUGGAGCGACACCCUCACGACUCGUACCCUCACGCUCAGUCACACCCUCACCCUCACCCACCCGGGCCGCGCCUACUGCCGGGUCGAGGAGACCCUGACUUUGGCACACCUGUGUGAGUGAGACGGCAACAUCUGUCCGUCUCUCUCGUUUUACUUUUUUUAUGCUCGGUUGUGCUACAGAAGGGAGGAGGCUUGGAGUCGUCGAUUAAUAUCAUAACGGUUUUAUGAAGGGACACGGUUUUCAAUUAAUUGUCAGCACCGUUUAAUGUCGCACAAUAACAAAAUUAAGAGCGAAAUCAGUAGAAGCCGCUUUACGGGCCGCGAUCAGAGAACGAGCCGCCGCGCCGGUCGCUUACACGUAAUGUUAGCUUUAAUAUGUGAGUUUGUUAGCUAAAUCGCAUUUUGUGUCGCCGUGGAUUAAAAUACAAUACAGUUAGAGUGUUUCCUACCGGACGAUAUUUGACACUUCUAAAAUAAGCAGAGAGACAAAGUAUCAUAUGCUUAAGUCGAUUAGUCGAUUGCUAGUUGCUUCAAUUAAUAAAUUAGGUUAUCAAAUUAUUGGUUGUAAAGUUUCCGAAUAUAAGUGUAAAAUAAGUCGAACCAUCGUAAUCAUCGGUUACGCAGGUGUUGCCGUUCGAUAAAACAGUGUCGGCACGUUCAAACAGAGUGGUAAUAAUAAUAUAAGUGAUUUUUUUGUUCGAGAGUGGUUCUUAAACAUAAAGAAACGUAACUUAGCGUUGAUUUGUUGCUCAUGUUGUCUAGUUUGUGAUGUUUACAUAGAAACCAAAUAAACAGAACAAUAUACUCCGCGGUCCCUCUUUGGAAAAAUCAUUUACGUUAUGCCUUUGAAUAAAUAUAAAUUAUAAUUAUAAAUCACGUCAUUUUAUACCUUGCUGUAAUUAAUGUAUGAAGCAAUUUAUUACAUUUGGGACUAACGAAAUAUUCAAUCCCUAUAAUUUGAGCCACUUCGUUAUAAGAUUUCGAUUAAUUCUUCCUAAAACUUAACGUCUAAGUUGUUUUAACUUUGGAGCUGCAUCUUGUAUUGUCCUGACCCUUGCACAUCCGUGCUGUGAUAUUUGAGAGAUCUUCAUGUAACAUUCCUAGGAACUGGACAUUUUAAUUGUCCGUCACUAGAAAAUAAAAUUUUGUGAUAAUUUAGUAUUUUAUUUAUAAAUAAAGUUUUAUCAUUUAUCGGCUUAGUAGAUUUUAUUUAUAUGAUUGUGCUAUAAUUUAUAUAUAUAUAUAUUUUUUUAUAUUCAUUAUUGUCUUCAAUAAACGAUGUAAAUUGCCCUCGUAGCUUCCGAGA